ACCGUGGUGAAUUUCGUCGUGUAACUGACACAGCAGCGACCGGUGCCUCGGUGGAGUUUGACGUGGCACUCUGCUUUCACGGAGACGGUGAAGAAGGACUCUGCCCAGUUGUUCAGGUUAUCAAAACUCUUUCAUCUUGGCAUGAGAAGUCAGUGACAGAGUUCACAAAAAAAAAUGAGUCAACAGGGUUAUGUUGCUGCACCCCCGUACUCCCAGGCCCAGCCAGGGAUCGGGGGCUACCAAGGUGGAUUUGGACCUGGUCCUUCACAGCCCCUUUACGGGCACUACGGAGGGCCCCCUCAGGCAUUCAACACUCCACCAGCAGGUAUGAUGAAAUCGCCUGUUUCCUCAGCUGCUGCCAUCCCUCCACCUCCAGUGUCCAAUCAGUAUAGUCCAAAUGUCCAGCAGAACGGUGCUCAUCCUCAAAGGUACCCUGCUCCGCCGGCUGUGUCUGCUCCUUAUGGACAGCCUCCUCACUCGGCAUACAACAGCAUGGCCUCACCUGUCCCACCUCCAACACAGCAGCUCACCAAUCAGAUGAGUGCUAUGAACUUGGGCAGCUAUGCCCCAGGUCCCAUGCAUAGCGCUGCUCCCCCGACAAGCCCUAUGGCCCAGCAGCCUUUCCAGACACCACCACCUCCAGCAAUGGGGCAGAUGCCUCCAGGACCGCAGUCACCCCCACCAACCAUGCCAAUGGGAGGCCAGUCGAUGGCAGGCCCACCCAUGGCAGGCAUGGGUAGACCCUUUCCUGGACCUCCUCCGACAGGCCCUGGAGGUUUCCAGCAGCCUGGUCCUGGACUUGCUGGUCCACCUGGAUUCCCACAGCAACCGGGUCAGUUUGGGGGACCCAUGGCUGGAGCUCAGCCAGGCAUGCCAGGAGCCUUCCCAACAGCACCAGGGGCACUGGCUGGCCCGCCUCAGAAGAAACUGGACCCUGACUCUAUCCCUAGCAUCACCCAAGUUAUUGAAGAUGACCAAGCAAAACAAGGUGGGCAGGUCUUCAGCACAAACAUCAGAGGACAGGUUCCUCCUCUGGUGACCACAAACUUCACAGUACAGGAUCAAGGCAAUGCCAGUCCCAGGUUCAUACGCUGCACCACCUACACACUACCCUGCACUGCUGAUCUGGCCAAACAGUGCCAAGUACCCCUGGCCUCCAUCAUUAAACCCUUUGCCAGUUUGCCAAAGAAUGAGACUCCUCUGUAUGUCGUGAAACACGGCGAGACGGGCCCAGUGCGCUGCAACCGAUGCAAAGCCUACAUGUGUCCCUACAUGCAAUUUAUCGAUGGCGGUCGUCGCUACCAGUGCAGUUUCUGCAACUGCGUCAAUGAAGUGCCAGUUUUCUACUUCCAACAUCUUGACCACAUGGGCCGCAGGGUGGAUUUCUAUGAGAGGCCUGAACUGUCUCUUGGAUCCUAUGAGUUUGAAGCUACCAUGGAUUACUGCAAGAACAACAAGCCUCCGAAUCCUCCUGCCUACAUCUUCAUGAUCGAUGUCUCCUAUACCAACAUCAAGAGUGGCCUGGUCAAACUGAUAUGCGAUGAGCUAAAGACUCUGCUGGAGAAGCUGCCCAGAGAGGAAGGUAUGGAGAGCUCUGCUAUAAAGGUCGGCUUUGUCACCUACAACAAGAUCCUCCACUUCUACAACGUGAAGAGCGCUUUGGCCCAGCCGCAGAUGAUGGUGGUAUCGGACACGGCUGAGAUGUUCGUCCCGCUGCUCGAUGGCUUCCUUGUGAACUACCAGGACUCAAGAGCUGUCAUCUAUAACCUCUUGGACCAGAUCCCUGACAUGUUUGCAGACACCAACGAGAGUGAAACGGUCUUUGCCCCUGUCAUCCAGGCUGGUGUGGAAGCAUUUAAGGCAGCAGAAUGCAGCGGGAAACUCUUCAUCUUCCACUCGUCCAUGCCCACUGCUGAGGCUCCUGGAAAAUUGAAGAACAGAGAUGAUAAAAAGCUGGUCAACACAGACAAAGAGAAAAUGCUGUUCCAGCCUCAGAAAGGAGUGUAUGAGCAGCUGUCGAAAGAGUGUGUGGCACAGGGCUGCUGCGUGGACCUCUUCCUCUUUCCCAGCCAGUACGUGGACUUGGCCACCAUGGCCGAUGUGCCUUCACACACCGGAGGCUCUGUCUACAAGUACAGCAACUUCCAGAUGGAGACAGAUGGGGAGCAUUUCCUGAGAGACCUGAGGAAAGAUGUGCAGAAGAGCAUCGGAUUUGAUGCCGUCAUGCGCGUUCGUACCAGCACAGGCUUCAGAGCCACAGACUUCUUUGGUGGCAUUUACAUGAACAACACCACAGAUAUCGAGAUGGCAGCUGUGGACUGCGACAAGGCAGUGACAGUUGAGUUCAAGCACGACGACACGCUCAGUGAGGAGACUGGUGCAUUCAUGCAGUGUGCCUUGCUGUACACCACCAUUAGCGGGCAGCGGCGUCUCCGCAUCCACAACGUCAGCCUGAACUGCAGCUCGCAGUUGUCAGAGCUGUACAAGAGCUGCGAGACCGACUCACUCAUCAACUUCUUCGCCAAAUCAGCUUACCGUGCCAUAUUGAACCAGCCUCUAAAGAAUGUGCGGGAGAUCCUGGUCAACCAGACAGCCCACAUGCUGGCCUGCUACAGGAAGAACUGUGCCAGCCCCUCCGCAGCCAGCCAGCUGAUCCUGCCUGACGCCAUGAAAGUGUUCCCGGUCUACAUGAACAGCCUGAUGAAAUCUGCUCCCUUGGUGGGCAGCACAGAGCUCUCCACAGAUGACAGAGCUCACCAAAGGCUGUCGGUCAUGUCCAUGGGGGUGGAGGACUCCCAGCUGCUGUUCUACCCACGCCUCAUCCCACUGCACAACAUCGACGUCAGCAGUGAAGCGCCGCCUUCUCCGGUUCGCUGUUCAGAGGAGCGUCUCUCAGACUCUGGCGUGUUCCUGCUGGAGAAUGGCCACUCCAUGUUUCUGUGGCUGGGCCAAGCGACCUCGCCCGACCUCAUCCAGAGCAUCUUCAACCUGCCAUCGCUCGCCCACCUGCAAGCAAACAUGUGUGCGCUGCCAGAGCUGAACAACCCGUUGUCAAGUAAGGUCAGAUCCAUCAUUAGUGGCAUUCUUGAAAAGAGGCCGAGCUCUAUGAAGCUCCAAAUCGUGAGGCAGAGAGACAAACCAGAGAUGCUGUUCCGUCAGUUCCUGGUGGAGGAUAAAGGUUUGCACGGCGGAGCUUCCUACAUGGACUUCCUUUGCUACGUUCACCGAGAGAUCAGGCAGCUUCUCACUUAACCCCCUCCGCCGCCCUCUGCCUCCCAUCCCCGACUGACCUGCGAGCAACACAGCAUCUAAUGGACCAAAACCUCACAGGGUCAGUCUGAGGAGGUUCCAUUUUAAUCUUGAUCUACCGAUUUACAAAGACAGGAAGAAAGACGAAACCAGGGAGAGCCCCGAAGCUGCCUUUACAACUCACAGUAUGAUCUUCAAAUAACAGCUUGUCCCUUGAGGAGUUUGAGUAAAUCUGGAGGAAUGAAAUGGACACAUCCAGCGUUUCCCGCUCAGAUACUCUGCGUGAUGGACCGACUGGAAUGACAUCAGUGCCUGAGGCUGAAAUGCGUUUUGGCAUAAGGCCCAGUGGGAUAAGCAAUAUAGCAUUUACUGUACAUUCAAUCGGUUAAAACAUUUUUUCCAUUUCAUUUUGUAAAUUUAUAAGACAAGGGGUUAUUUGUGUGCCGUACUGUAGAUAUUCCAAAGUCUUUGAUUGGCUCCCGAGAACACACAAGCAUAUAAGGAGUCUCAGCAAAUCAUUUCAAGGUUUUGUCAUCUUUUUUAAACAAAAAAUGCUGAAAGAAUAUUUAAACAACUUCACAGGUUUCUUCAUUUUAUCGCAUUUUUGUUACGUCUGAGUGGAAACGCAUUGCAGUAGAUGUUUAGACGGUACCUGGUAAUGCAUAAUUCAACCAGAACAGUUGUCCUGUUAUGACACCAUGAGUGAUUCAAAGCAUUCGAUUCACACAUGCCCCCACCGAAAAUCUAAUUCUUUGACCAUUUAUGGUGGAGACUUUAUCUUCACAAUGCACAGUGAUGCAGCAAACGCUUUGUGGCGGUGUUCUCAGUACAAGAUGAAGUGAACACAGCUGUUGCUCUCCAAACUGAACAAGAACCCACUCACGUGUCUCAAUGAAAAUGGCUUUUUCACCUCCCGACAGUACAAGAGUCACAGUUAGUGCUGAAAAAGGGAAAAUAUUUUUGAGCUCGAUUGUUGGCGGUUUGAAAGGGAAAAGUUUCAGGACCAAAUGUGAUAUUUUUUUCCUCGAAUUGACAACAAUCCAACAAAAUAAAACUUUUUUUUUUUUGAUUCGUUAAUGUUUGCCAUAUUUUUACGGGAAAGGAUUUUCACAGUAAACAAAAAAGGCAGUUAGGCAGUUUACUUUUGUCAAGAGAGACUUUGCCAAAGGGUAAAAGACAAGUGAUAAAAUUAUCAGUUAAAACUGGAUCCUCCUUUUAUCAGAUGACCUCUAGAGUAAAAGAGUUACUUUGCUGUUGAACCCAAAUUCAUCAAGUCUCGCUUACAAUAUAUAGCAUUUCAGUCUCGAAUUUCAGUACAGUUAUAGUGUCACAUUGCUUGUUUUUAUAGAAGGAAAUGCUUCUGUGUAAUUCAUGUUAUUCAUUUGAUAAAUAUUGUCUGACCUUGUGUAUGUACAGCCUACUAAGGUUUUUUUUGUGCAAGAAAAGUGCAACUUGUGUUUCCAAAAAUACUACCGCCUGCCUUACGUUGAUAAAAUAGUUGUUGAAAAUAUAUUACAAUAUACAUGUCGUAGAGGUCUUAAGAUUUCAGUCUAUCUGGUUUGUAUGCAAACUUAUCUCAGGUAAUUUCACCAUGCUUCCUAUUCUGAGUUGAGAGCAGUGAUUUGAAUCGAACUGGACAGACGGAUGUGUUGGUAGUGGACCUGGUUCCGUGUGCCAUGUGUAUUUCAUUCCUAAGCCAAAACAACCUUUUGUCGAAUUAAACUCUUGACUUUAACGGUUGUUGCUCAAGUUCGUUAACAUUUUGUUUACAAUUCAUCAUCGUCUGAGCUAUAUUAAAGUGGAAAAUUAAAAUCCUUCA